AUGUCUGACGAUGUUGGAUCUUCUCCUACCAAUGAUGCUAAUUCCAGGGAUGACCAAGAUGACACGAGUUUUGCCGUCUCCUCCGCAGCCAGCACUGUGACCGAGAUCACCGGCGACCUCUUUACCGCACCAGAUGACUCAGCUCUUAUCCACGCUUGCAACUGCGAGGGAGUGUGGGGCGCUGGCAUCGCCCGUACCUUUCGCUAUAAUUACCCCGCCGCAUACGAGAUAUACCGCAGUCACUGCCAGCAGCAUGCCGAGGAUAGACAGGCUCACCACAUCCUGAACCUCGAACCUCGAAGUGACAGAACUGUUAUCGUCAAUCGCCCUCUCGGAACAGCGCUCAUCAUCUCACCCCAGCAGACGGAUGUGGCCAUUAAUGGCCGGCGGCACUGGGUCAUUUGUCUGUUCACUUCUACAGGCUGCGGCCGCCACGUCGCCUCGCAGGAAAUGAUUUUGAAUGCGACCUGGUCGGCCCUUAUGGACAUGCAGAGGGGCGUGGACCAGAUUAACUGGUCUAAUGGGCCCGCGGGCCAAAUCCAGAGUCUACAUGGCUGCCGAUUCAACUCUGGCUUGUUUGGGGUGCCGUGGGCUAGGACUCGUAGAUUGAUUGACCGGGUGGGGAUACGCAUGGUGGUGCAUGUGACAGAGGAGACGACUACUUCUACUCGCCGGGGUGCUCGUCGAGGUGGGCGCCAUGGUCACUGCGGCCGACGGACUGGCCGAAACUAG